GCAGCGUGACAUUUAACCCUCAAUGAUUGUGCGGCAGUUGACGUGUAGGAGACUGACCUCUCAGCUGUGUGCGGCAGUCAGACUGAACUGGAGCGCUCCAAAGAUGGCGAGACCAAGCUCAAAUUUAACAGAGUUUCGUGAGCAUUUUGCUAAAGCCAAGCACAUUGCUAUCAUUACGGGGGCCGGAGUGAGUGCAGAGAGUGGAGUACCAACGUUUAGAGUACAGGGGGGCUAUUGGAGGAAAUGGCAGGCACAGGAUUUGGCAACGCCUGAAGCUUUCUCUCGAGAUCCUUCUUUAGUAUGGGAAUUUUACCAUUACAGGCGCGAGGUUAUGCGCAGUAAGAUGCCAAACCCAGCACACCUGGCUAUAGCAGAGUGUGAGUCCCGUCUCAGUAAGCAGGGGCGCUCUGUUGUGAUCAUCACUCAGAACAUCGAUGAGCUGCACCAUAGUGCUGGUUCCAAACAUGUCUAUGAAAUCCACGGUAGUCUAUUUAAAACCCGCUGCAUGAGCUGUGGAGAAGUCAAAGCCAACCACAAGAGUCCAAUCUGUCCUGCUCUGGAGGGGAAAGGAGAGCCUGACCCCAGUUCCAAGGAUGCCAGAAUACCAGUGGAGCACCUGCCCAGGUGUGACAGGAGUGGCUGUAACGGAUUGCUGAGGCCUCAUGUGGUUUGGUUCGGAGAGACUCUGGAUUCAGAUAUUCUCACCGCUGUGGAGCAGGAGCUGGAAAUAUGUGAUCUCUGCUUAGUUGUGGGCACCUCCUCCGUAGUUUACCCAGCAGCCAUGUUCGCUCCUCAGGUGGCAGGUAGAGGAGUGCCUGUAGCUGAAUUCAACAUGGAGUGCACACCUGCUACUAAGCGCUUUAAAUAUCACUUUGAGGGUCCUUGUGGUGUCACACUGCCUCCUGCCCUGGAACGCCACGAGAGCGAGGCCAUUUAAGGAGAAAGAAGGCAUGACCCAUUUGUUCAUGCCCACUUCAUAGAGCACUUAAACUGAGAGCACAUGGGAUUGGUUCAUGCCUUCAUGUGAUUGGUUUUCCUAUGCUUUUGUGUGCUGUGAAGAUUUACUGCAAAACUGGGCUGAAAUUCAAUUUUAAAUAGUGUCUUUGAGUGUUUGCUUGGCCUAUGUAGCAGCAUUUUGUGCAAGUUGUGUUUUUGGCAGUGGGUCUUAGUAGAUUUUUUCCAGCGGAUGCAUGGGCAACUUAGAUAAUCUACAGUGUUUCCACAGUCAUGGAACCCUGGGAAUUUACAAAUCAUCAUUUCCAGACUCAAGGAAAAUAAUCGUAUUAAGAGUUAUGGAAACUUAAUGAGUAAGUUUUCAAUAUGAUCAGCUCUGAAAUAUCUAAUCAGCUUAAAAUAACUGGCUGGAAAAAUCAUGGAUAUUGAUUGGUCAAAUGUUGUGGGAACCCUGAAUGUAGGACUAGACUCAAGUGCAAUAUAAUGAUUUUGAACGAGCUGUAUCAAAAUGAUCACAGACAGACA